UAGCCAAUAUGGCGUCUUUUGUGUUAUGAGAUGACAACAUCGCAGUUUGUGUCCUAUUUGUCAUUUACUCAUAUUAAAAUCAACAUUAAAGAUCUACCUCAAAAGUUCAAAGAGAAUCGGAUAAUUAAAAUGGAAGUUGUAAAAACGUGAUAAACUGUUAUGUCGAUUGAUUACGCAUUUGAGUGCAUCUGAGGGAAAAGUACUUGGGGCUCCUGUAAAAAUGGCGGGUGUGUUAUCUUUAUGGGUUGUGUUUUCAUUUCAUUUGGAGAAAGUCUAGUGAUGGUCAAAAAAGUGUUAUUGAUGGAUUUUUAAAGUGUCUCGAACAUACAAUUCGCGUUUGGAAUCGGCAUGUGUUUCUCACUUUGACAUUUGCCUAAACGAUUGAUUAGACUGAGUCGGUGCUGGUGUCAUCGUUAUUGAUGAAAUUAUCAGCAUGUCGCGCUGGGGCAGAGGCCGAGGCGGUAGCGUGGCCGUACCGCUGGAUAGUGCUCUCUUUAGAGAAAAUAGUAACUGCCCAACAGCAGCUCGUUCGGCGGGCACGGUGGGCAAAUGGGGAAUCACUAGCUUCACGUCGAUUAGAAGCGCACCUUACGCAUAUGCAAACAAUAUUCUUAAAAAGCCUGUGCAAGAUCAGAACAGUCCGCUGACAGUGCCAGCAGUUGAGACUGAGCAGCCACCACCAAAGCCCAAGAAAUUCUUUAAAUCUCGCAAUGCAGAGGUCUACCCACCAGUUCCACAGAUCACUUAUGCUCCCCCAGUACCUGCUGCACCCCUCUCACCUGAACAUCCUUCACACAGCAAGGAAAAGAAAACAACUAAAAGAAACAGGGCUUCUUAUACAAGAGAUUCAUCAUCUCCUGAAUUACCUCGCCGCAACUCUGAAAAAUCUAAAGCCAAAAGAGGUGCAGUGGCCACAAAGGCAUCCAAAAAGGAAGAAGCACCAGCUGAAAAUACUCAACCUCCAAAUAAACGUUACCUGGUUCGCAAUCGUGAUAAAGUGAUCAAUUAUGCUGAAGAUGGCAGUAAUAGCCCCAUUCCAGAGUUCACUCGGUAUGAAUCAACACAAUCAAAGGUUGCCUCACCAAAAGUACCAUCGCCCAAAGCCAGUCCAUUAGUAAGUAGUCCAACUGUCAUUAAAACAGAUGUUACAAGUCCGUCUACAAGUAAAGAAGCGAAUGAAGAGCGUAAACCACCUCCAAUAGUUCUACGAAUAUCCAAAGGAACAUCAAGAAUUGUAAGCACAGAUUCAAAUGAAGGUUUUACAUCUCCUAGUUCUGAUAGGCAUUCAUCUUUGGAUACUCACUCAGAUGUUGGGUCUGAUCAUAAAAAGAGUCCAUCUAUGGAAACAAUAUGCUCUCCCAAGCAUGAAGGUCUUAAAAUUACAAUCAAGUGCGGUGGUCUUACUCAGGAAACCAAAAAAGAAAAGAAGAAGGAGAAAAAAGAUCACAAGUCACACAAACGUCAUCACAAAAACUCUGAUGAUGAGCCAUUAAAGAAAUUAAGUUCCCCACAACCAGGGACAGAUGCAUAUGACCUUUACAAAACCCUUGCAUCACCAUCACAAGAAACUGAGAAGGAAUCCAAGAUCAAAUUGUUGCCUGGAGAUGAUAUUGAAACUCAACUUGCUAAACUAGAUUCAGGCUCAGUUAUUACAUCACCAAGACUGGAAGUUCAACCCAAUGAGCUUCCACCAGAACCCAAACCCCCAGAGAGUAACACUGGAAGAUCUCGAAGAAACAGGCCCAAUAUUAAUUAUAGUGAAAAUGAUGAUUAUUUGGAUGCCCUGACAACUGGUAUUCCAAAUAAACAUGGAACUAAAACAGUAAGUGACAUCAAAAAGGAAGGAAGAAAGACUAGGAGAAAGCAGGAGACCCUUGCUGAUAUAGCUUCUACUGUUACCACUCCAGAGCAUGAACAAACCAUUGAGAAAAAUGAAAUUCCUAUUGAGAAGAAUGAUUUGAUUGACAUCCUCUCAGGAGGAAGCGACAGUGGUAAAGGUGGAGAUACACCUAAAGUGAAGAGUUACAGGAAGCAUAAAAAGCAUGUUAAAAAUUCAAGCCCUGAUCAUGAUGUAGAAAUGCCACCAGAAGAUAUCCCUGUAGAACAGGGUGCAGCUAGUGAAGAAGUUGGACAGGAAGAGGACACUAAUGAGGUAGUUGCUCAAGCAUUUAAUACUAAUAACACUCCAACCUACUCCCAAGCCAACACACAAUCUUCAGAUUCAGCUUACAAUAGCUGCCCUAAUGAGAAUUUUGAAGAAGAGAUUCAGAAACCUCAAGAAGAUGUGUUUAAAUCUCCCAGGGGUAUGUGUGAUACAGAAGAUCAUGUACCGAAUGAUGAGAAGCCUAGUGUUAAAUUAGUUAUAACCAAGAAGAAAGGAUCUAUAUUUAAGAGUAAAUCACUUGUGAAUGACAAUCCAUCACCCCUGCCGGCUAGGAAGAGACGUCAUCUGUAUAGACAUGAAUGGGCUAAUGAUAAAGGAAAUGAGACUCCAAGGCCUGAACCUGUAGAGAAUGCAGAAGUGAGGAAUCAAGUUGGUGAGGUAUCGGAGGAGCUCAGCAGAGUGACUAGGUAUAGAGCUCCAGAUCCUAUAGUUGAUGAUCCUGUUGAGGCAGUGAAACCUUAUACUAGCGUCAAGUGCAGUAAAGAGGCUAAAGAGUUUUACACAGUGGUUAGAAACGUGAAGAAAGCACAUCAGAUCCAGGAAAUUGGAGAAUUCCAAGAGUUCAAUGAUGAUGUGGAAUAUCUAUUAGAUGCUUUGCAGAAUAACAACCCGAUCUCGACGCGUUGCCUGUCUGCGAUCACGCUGGCGAGCAAAUGCACCGCGCCCGCGUUCCGCAUGCACUUGCGAGCGCACGGCACCGUGCAGAAGUUCUUCAGCGCCCUGCACGACGCCACCAAUGAUCAGAGUUUGGGUCUAUGUACUGCAACGGUGAUGUUUGUGUUGUCACAAGAUCGUCUCAACAUGGAUCUGGACCGUGAAUCACUUGAACUUAUGCUCAAUUUACUAGAAUCUGAUGCAUCACAUAAGAAUGCACUUGACGACUGUGGCCUGACAUCAGCACAAUUGACGAAGACCCAGGAGAGAGUUCGUGAGCUUUGCGCUGAAAUUAAAAGCCAAGGGAAAGCACAGCAUUUGGAUCUGGAGAAUAUUACUGUGGGUCAUUUAGCAAUGGAAACUCUUCUCUCGCUGACGUCAAAACGCGCUGGUGAAUGGUUCAAGGAAGAACUUCGCGUAUUGGGCGGCGUCGACCACAUUGUUCGCACGAUUCAGGACUGCGCCUUGAAACUUGACACGCCGAUCGAAACUUGGACCAAUGCUGAUGUUGAAGUGCUGAGGAAGGCCGAUAGGUGUUUGCGGGUCCUGGAAAAUGUGACGCAAGCAAACGAGGACAACCAAAUCUACCUAUGCGGCAACGGCGGCGUCGCAGCCCGCACCGUGUGCGGCGUGCUGCGCGCCUGGUGCGGCGCCGCGCGGCAGCACCACGCGCUGCGCCAGCCGCUGCUCGAUGCUGCACUGCCGGCGUUGAAAGUACUGCUGAAUUUGUCGCAUAACUUUGGGCCUAAUGUGUCCUUAGGAGCGCAGGUGAUUGGUGAACAGCCAUCAGUGAUGGAGACUUGUCUCCUCAUUCUGUACAACCAAGGGAACUUCAUUCCUGACAACAGAAACUUCGAAUUUAGUGUUUGCGUGUUGUUGCUGUUAAUAAACUUAGUUCAGAACAACGAAGCGAAUACCGAGAGGCUGUUGAAUGCGCGAAUUCGUGUUGACAACGAAGAUGAAAUCAUAUCCAGGAGUAUUGGAGCGCUAGACCUUAUUGUAGAUCUGUUCUAUAAGAGAGAAGACCUUGCUAGGCGGGCUGAGGAAAAUACCGACGCCAUUCUAGACGGUGAAAAGGAACCGGACGAUAAUAAUGACAAGAAGAAGCAAUCUCAAGACGACAUAGACGAGACUGUUGCGAAGUUGCUGGCGCGUGCGGGUGCGCACAUGGAGCACAGCAUGGUGGGCGCGUACAUGGCGCUGCUGCUCGGCCACGCCGCCGGCGCCGCGCCGCGCCACGCCGCCGCCGUGCGCGCGCGCGUGCCGCUCUACGCGCCGCUGCUGCCCACGCUCAACAAGUACUACGCCUUCCUGUCGCUCACCGCCAGCGCCGAGGCCGCUAUUGUGGCUCACGUUAAGGCUACGCAUCGUAUCAUCGAGUUCAUGAAGGCGAGCGACAAGGAGGCCGAAGCUGCAGCUGAACCGCCCACAGACGUGCCACAAGACAUGUCGCUAAGCAACCUCAACUACAGCCUCAACUAUAAUACGUCUAGUUCCGACCGUAUGUCCUCCUCAAUGGAGCUGGACGGCUACCACUGAGACGCACUCAGCGCGUGUGUGACCGGGACUCGGCCAAUUCGCAUACGCAACGUAUCGUAAGGCGAGAACAAUACGAGCGCAUACAAUUUAGAUAAGCAGCGUAGGCAACAACGCUUCAUUUGAAAAUGUAUGCGUGGGAUUAGAUUCGCUUACAAUAUGUGCCGUGUGUGUUAUGCCUCGCUUGUGCUCACCGAUGCCGAAUCUCGUGCGAACUACUGAAUUUUCGCUAGUGAUCGCCAGUCGUCCGGCCCAACAGGCAAGCCAACCGAUGUUGGCCCAGUUCGAAUAGUGAAACCGUGGACGAUACUGAAUCGCAUCGUUGUGCCCACAAGUAUAAUCAUAAGUUUUGGUUAGAAAUGCAGAUCGUUAAGUACCGGGAAUGUUUUAUGAUAAACGGAGAUUUAUUACUGUUCUGUUGGCUGAUAGAGUUUAUGUAGGAUAUUGGAUAGUGUCGAGCGUUGAUUUCGACGUGAACUUCCUAAUGGCUUGACAUUUAGGAAUGGCGCGUGGUUUUGUUAGUGCAUGCAUAUGUGUCUUAACAUGUAUCUACUAAGCGUUUAGAUAUUCGGAGUCUUGAGUUCAUCCUUGUUGUAAGACUUGUAAAUACGAACCAAAUCAACAAAUAACCCUUGUAUAUUGUGAACACCCUUUAGCAAUAGUAUAUAAUAUGCCAUUUGUAAAAGUGAAACAAUAUUAUAGGUGGUGGACGUUUGUUUGCACGCGGCUAUUAUAAGUACCUCUUCUCUUUGUAUCGAUACUUCUUCCUUCUCUUUGAUAUUGUAAAUAUAAAUCACAGACUGUUAAGAUGAUAGUUAUGUUGACGACAUAGAUAUGGGUUAUGAAGUCUUAAUUAAAUUGAGAUAUUCCGAGUUUAAGCCACUGAACUGGCAAUAUAAAAGUGCAAAAAUAGUCGAGUAAGUGUAUAAUAGAUAUGUAUUCUUUUAUGUGAAUAUUGUGUCUGCACUUUUUUGUAUUAUACCACUCCGAGAGAGUUACAAAUUAUUAGAGUAUUGUUCUAUUGAGGCACAAUCGUUUAUUGUAAAUAAAUUUUAGCUAGUACCAAUAGUUCGGUCUCUGUUGAGGAGUAAAUUUAGAGUAGGAACAGUUGACGAUGUCUGCGUAUGUUGAGACGUAAUGCAGCGGGCAGCGUGACGUCACGCCGCCCGCCACGAGAUGGUGCAAAAUGUACAAACACUCACUUGAUAGUCGCUCGCAAAUGAGAGAAUGACCUGUGCUUAGAUAUUAAAAAAUUAGGACAAUUUAUGAUGUUGGAUUUUUAACCAGUUGUAGGACUAGACGACGUUUGAAUAAUGAUUUCCUUAUCAUAAACUUGUUUGCAAAAGACUCCAUGUUCACAACUCGACUGAUGUCCAUUAGGCAACAUUUUAUUUUUACGAUUGAAAUAUAGAACUAAUUAUUAAGGCACAUAAAUUACUUAAUUUUAUCUAGUAUCGCAGAUUAGACGUUUUUCUAAAUCGAAUAUUUGAGUAUGUCUAGGAAUUUUGUAACAAUGACUUUAAUUUGUCACCAGCUCUCAGCGAUACACUGGAUGAGCCAUAGAUAAAAAUGAACUACAGACAAAUUAGGUUUUGUAAUUGCUUAUAUAAAUCGUUGUCAUUGUCGUCCCAUGUAUUUAUAAGGAUUUGUUGAUAUUUGGCACAAUUUGGCUCUGCAGCACUAAAUAAACAUGUUGGAUUAUACUGUGUCGGUGACAGAACUUCAUUCCUAAUAAUAAUUUAUGUCAAGUUAGUUGUUACAUUCGUGUUUGACGCAUUUUGUUCUGAAUUUAAUAUUAUUAAAUUGGAGAUUGUAGUAAUUAUGUUCUUAUAUACACAAUACGGUUGCACGGUUCGCAUGAAUUUCACACGAGAAGCAACGUUUCACUGUUACGGGAAUGCACGGAGUCAAUUCUGCUCUUCGUUACCUUGUGACGACAUUUUCUGACAGCUUUACUUUAUUUAUAAGACGUUUUUUAAGAUGACGAAAUGGGUAUAUUAUGUAACUCAAGUUGUAAACUCGCUGUGUUUUGUUAAAUUACAGCUAGGAUUAUUAUAUUUAAAAGACCAGGGGUUUCCUUAUCAAUUUAUUUUGUGUACAGCUAUGAUUUUAUUAUUGCCUAAAUUAUAUUUACGUAAUUUAUUAACCUGUGUAUGUAUGAACUAAGCGUAGCUCUAAAGUGCAUUUCGUUACGGAAUUUUCAUCUUUAUAACGCCUGUGUUUUGAGUAAUAUGUUGUUUAAAACUAUUAUCACGAGAGUUUGAUAUCUUGAGAAAUUAUUAUUGUAUAUGUAAUGUGUAAUUAUGUUAUAAAGUAUUACGUGUAAUUAUUCAAAGAAGACAAUUUAAAUAACUAAA